CUAGUAUAGGGUGGCUGGUAACAUCUGCCUUACAUUUGUGGCAUAUAUAUACUAUCUAUAUCUCCAGUAGCUAUCAUUAGAACUUACUCUUCUAAUAUAUAACCAACUACACAACUCUCAUAACCUGCAUCUACUUCAACAGUUGUCGGCAUUGCAAAUUUUGCGAAAUAUUCGGCCGCGCUCUAUGGGCUGCUUUUGAAUCUCUUCGCGAUCCGGGUGCGAUUCAAAAGGAUAGUAGGGAAGAGAUGUCAACGGGAGAUGGCCGUCAAAUUGUUCGAAGACGAGAGUGAAGAGCGUACGACUAAAAGUACCAUCCUUCCAGUCGUACGACCAUGAAAUUAAAGUGAUAAACAACAGUUAGUUUCCCGCGAUCGUCUCAUGCGCAUUUUCUAACAAUGAGUAAUUAGGACUGGAAUACCAGGUCAAUGGUAAGUCCUAUGCUCAAUGGAUGGGAGAUGGCUAAUAAACCAACCUUCACACGGAGACCUAAAACGUCAGUUGUCAGAGUUGCAGGAUCAUACAGACAAGACCCAACUUGAAAAAGCCAGCCAGUUACUUGGCGUUAACCCUCUUCCUGACGAUGAUCGGCAUUGCAAUCUGGCCGAACAUCAAGCUAACGUUGCUGCUGAGUUUGGUCAGAAGAACUGGUACACAGAGGGGACCCUCAAAGAACGCUGCCGGUCUGUGAAGGGUACCUCCGCGUACAGGAAAUGGCUACAAUCUUCCGAGUCAGUCGUCCUCGUCUUAUUGGGCACCAAUCAAGAGAAUCAAGCACGCCAUUGCUGGGUGUCACCUGUAGGGUUCAGUGUGAUUAGUAAAUUCACGCAAAGCGAAACUCUACAAGGCUCCAACCUAUGCGUCUUCUAUCUACUGGGCCUUCGAAACGAAGAUGACACCUGGUCGGAAGUUUUGGCGUUUUUGAUCUACAGACAGACUCUUAGAAUUGAAUAAGAAAGCGUUGCGAAACGAGGACCAAUGUUCUCGACUCUGGGGGGAUUUGCAGUCGUAUGCCGAGAUAAGAAAGCUGCCAGGCAUCUCUAAGGAAGAAGUACGAACGAAGGUGAACAGAACUUUUGACAAAUUGCAGAGCAUAGCCCUCGAGGUGAUGAGUAUCUCCGGUGCCGAAAAGACAAUCUGGAUUGUUUUAGACCGUGUGGAUAGGUGUAGUGUGAUGCCCGGAGAGAAAUCACAGGCAAGACACAGGGCUGGACGGUCUCUUCUCAGAACGAUGGUUGAAAUAGCUGAGAAGGCAUCGCCAACAGUCUGCUUUCAAUCUGGAGAGCUUUCCCAUAGGGACCGAUAGAAGAUUAAAAGAUUAUUUCCCUCAGGAUUGUGAGUGGGUAGGUUUGUGUCGCCUUGAACUAUUUAGUAAAUGAGGAGGGUGGAAGCUGCAUGGGCAAUGAAUACUGCGCCGAUAAGUUUGGUGAAUGGUUAUACUUGAUGUUGGGAUGCAAUGCACCAUAUAUCAGACUGGUACUUUUUGUGUUGUGUCGUGUUGUGUUGUUGUAGAUAGUGAGGUUAGCUACCUAGGUACAUUAGGUAUGUAGGAUAGAGG